AUGACAUCAUUAGGGACAUUUCUAUUAGUAUAUUUAAUCGGCGGGCUCACUUUUGUUCCACUAGUAAUUACUCUCGUCUUUCUGGUUAUAUAUCGGCCAUGGGUUUCCAGACAAAAGAGCGAUACGAUAAUAUUCGAUGCAGUUCCCGAAGAAUUAAAGAAUGACAGAUCAUGUUCAAGGGACGAUACGAGCUUUCACAAAGUUGGUUGGCUACGUGUUACAAAAUAUUACGAAUCUCCAACUGCAUCAAAUGGAUCGACGUUUGGUAAUAUAAUGAAAAUGGGAAUACAAACAUUUAUGGAUGGCAAGAAUCCGCAAUUGAAACGUCAUAAGGAUUCAUUUUUCGCGGUACUAAAACAUAACACUCUUUUCAUGUACGAUAGUGAACGACAAUUAGAUUGUAAGGGUAUUAUUACCGUUUCUAAUCAUGACGUAUCGAUGUAUCCGGAACAUUUACCUGAUAAUGAAAUCUUUUGGAAGAAAACUUCUAUAAAACUUUCAAAGAAAAAGUCAAUAUGCGCAGACAUGGCAAUAGAUGCUGAUAAUUCAAGCUAUUAUCUUUAUUGUGGUAUUGGUGUGGACAAAGAAGAUUGGUAUUUUGCCUUGCAGAGAUCAUCAAAAUUAGAGUCAAAUUCUCCAGGGCCUCAACCACAGGUUGUGAGAGAUAAAACGCAAUUUGAUCAUAUUGCACUGAAUAAUCUUUCAAAGAUACUUUAUUCCAAUGACGAUAAUAUUAAUACUCAAUGGUUGAACGUUAUAUUAGGUCGUAUUUUCCUUUCAAUAUAUAAAACCCAGGUAGUCAAAGAACAUUUCAUUAAAAAAUUGGUUAAAAAAGUGAAGAAAGUAAAAAAGCCAAAUUUCUUGAGCGACAUCCACAUCAAGUCUGUAGAUAUUGGAAAUGGAAUCCCUUAUGUUACCAACCCCAAAUUAGUAGAACUAGCACAGAACGGUGAACUAAGCGUAGAACUUAAUAUUGAUUAUAAUGGUGGAUUUCGCGCCGAGAUAGAGACAGAAGCAAUAAUUCCAGUGACACGACUCAAAACGAUAAAGGUUCCAUUGGUCUUAGCAGUCGUGUUAAGGGGAUUGAUCGGAAAAUUAUUGCUGCGUAUUAAAGCUCCACCAACGAACAGAAUAUGGAUAGGCUUUUAUGAAAUGCCAAAGCUGGAUUUACUAAUAGAACCCAUUGUUUCGGAAACGCAACUGAAAUUCUCUCCCAUUAUUAAUGCCAUAGAAUCCAAAAUUCAUGAAAUGAUAAUGGAUUCUAUUGUCUUACCAAAUAUGGAUGACAUACCUUUCUUCGUAAGCCAUGGUAAAGGGGGAAUUUAUGAAGGUGAUAUCAAAGUUGGUGAAGACGAAGCACGGGAACAACCUAACCCAGACAUAGAGUGCGCUAAGGAGUCUGAACCAGCCGAGCCGGAAGUAAUGCCGACUGUUAUUGUUGGAUCAGAGAGUGAAGAAAAAUUAGAUGAUAAAACUAUCGUUCAAGAAAAACCUAUCGUUCAAGAAAAACCUAUCGUUCAAGAAAAACCUAUCGUUCAAGAAAAACCUAUCGUUCAAGAAAAACCAGUUGCCGACACAGUACCUACAAAAUUGGAAUCUAAUACUUCUACAACUUGGAUGCCAACAAAAUCGAGGAUAAAUAAAACACUGUCAUCACUGUCAUCACUGUCAUCAUUGCACGAAUCAUUCAGCGAGCCUAAUCUGCUUAAGACUAAUUCUAGAUUACGAUCUAUAGCAGGAAAACAUUUUAAAAGAUUCGAUGAUUUGCGAAGUAAUAAUAAAAACUCUGGUUCUGGUAAUGUGGGAGAUUCUACCGAUGAUUAUUCUGCUGAUACUUCGAUCACAAACACACCAGCUUCAAAUUCAUCCACUUCAACACUGAAAAAGUGGAGUAAUAGUGUUUCAAUGCGCAGAAGAACAGCGUCAUUAGGGAUUUCUUCUAUACUAACAAAUCACAAUCAUCGCGAUUCAAAUUCAUCAACUUCUACUAGCUCUGUUUCAUCGAUUAACACGACAACGUUAGAGAAAGACAAUUCUGAUUCCGAUUCUAUAACAUUGGCCGAAAGCUCUUCGCUAUCAUCUGAGGUAGUGGAAACAACACCGACUCCACCGCCAUCCCCUAAAGAUCCACCAGAUUUUAUAUCACCAUCAUUAUAUCCUCCUAAUGAAAUUGACACUAAACCAGAACAUUCAUUACAAACAAAUUCAUUUUCAUCAUCUUUCAAAAUUAAUGAUGCAGAUAUUAAUGAUCAAAAAUAUUCUCCAACAAAAGAGAAAAUAUUAAAAUUCAGCAUGAUGCAAUACGAAGAUGAUGAAAUAUUUUCGAAAGUAGGACCAAUUCUUAAUCCUCCAGUGGAGGAAUUGAAUCAG